GAGAGUAUGGCCCAGGAAGCAAAAAGACCACUGUUUUCAGAGGGAAGGAAACGUGCAACUUUGGGGGAAGUGGAGGGGAUCCUCCUGCCAAGUACAACAGUGAAUAACUGGGACCAAAUACAGAAAUUCAAGGCCAAGGAUGAUGAUCUUCUCAUCUGUACCUAUCCUAAGUCAGGAACAACAUGGACUCAGGAAAUUGUGGACAUGAUUGAACAGAAUGGAGAUGUGGAAAAGUGUCAACGAUCAGUCAUUCAUCUUCGGCAUCCUUUCAUCGAGUGGUCACUUUUACCUCAACCUUCCGGUGUGGACCAAGCCAAUACAAUGCCCUCUCCUCGGAUACUGAAGACACACCUUCCCUCCCAACUAUUGCCUCCAUCCUUCUGGGAAAGCACCUGUAAGAUCAUUUAUGUAGCUCGCAAUGCCAAAGACUGCAUGGUAUCCUAUUACCAUUUCCAAAGGAUGAGCCAAACACUCCCUGAACCAGGAACGUGGGAAGAAUAUUUUGAAAACUUCAUGAAUGGGAAAGUGAGCUGUGGCCCCUGGUAUGACCAUGUUAAAGGAUGGUGGAAGGCAAAAGACAAACACCAAAUUCUCUUCCUUUUUUAUGAGGACAUGAAAGAGAAUCCAAAGCGUGAAAUUCAGAAGGUGAUGAAGUUCAUGGGAAAGAACCUGGAUGAAAUGAUACUGGAUAAAAUUGUACAGGAAACGUCAUUUGAGAAAAUGAAAGAAAAUCCCAUGAUAAACCGCUCCACAGUGCCCAAAACUAUUAUGGACCAAUCCAUUUCCCCCUUCAUGAGAAAGGGAAUUGUUGGAGAUUGGAAAAACCACUUCACUGUGGCUCAGAAUGAGAAAUUUAACAAUGACUAUAAGAAGAAGAUGGAAGGAACCUCUCUAACCUUCCGCAUGGAAAUAUGA